AUGCGGUACAGGAUCCCAGAGGUCAUCACACUGCCGGACAUCAAGUUCAUGUACUUUCAACCGCACCGCGCCAGCGUCCCACUCGUUCCGGACGAUAUCCAGUCCCUUUUACACUUUGGCGCCUACAAUGACAUUGCUCACGCAUCAUGCGUCACACGUAAGUCCCAGCCUAUCGAUGUAGCGAGGGCGAUCUGGUUCUACGGUGUGGACGACGGUCACAACUCCAUGCGCUACGAUGUGCAAAUGCGCUACAACACCGUCAUCAUGGCGUUCAUCGCGGCUUCGGGCUUCGAUGCACAGGGGAGGGGGGGUGAACUCCUGAGCCAACUGCGCACACCGAUCGAUCCCUCGCUGCCGCACCCUAGGACUGUGAGGGAUAAGCACCGUCCGCCACCUAACGAGAACAGCUUCUUUGUCACCAAGUAUCAGAUCUUCAACGAGAGUUUCAAGGUCGACAAGUCGAGGCAGCAGCAGCAAGGUCAGCCACAGGAUGCAGACAUUGGAGGCGGCAAGAACAAUGUAUUCGUGUCGAGUACUCAGAUCUUCGGUGUCGGCCAAGCAUGA